AUGUAUUUUUUUAUUUUAUCAAUUCCAUCGUCGGACUCAAAGAAGACGAUAUCUUGUGAAGACGGUGCUGAUGAGACUUGUUCUAGGACUAUUCAUACUAAUACUUAUGCUGCGCAUAAUAACAAUUCUACUGAUUGGAAUAACACUGGUUUCCCUGGAACUUGUGAUCAUUAUGGCGGUUGUUUAGAUCUUGAUGCACAUGUUGUCAUUCAGGGCACUUGUACAUACUUUUAG